AUGAAAUCGACAAAUUUUCCUGGCAAAAAUCAUGGACUUCAGAUUGGAGAUAACUAUGGUCCAAUCAACUUUGCCCCAGAUAAUUGUAUACGGGACCUCUUCGUCACAAGUCCGCGUGACGACAAGGAAGCAUUAAAACGCAAGAAAAAGCGCCAUGCUGCCGGAACUUGCGAGUGGAUACUCUGCGCAAAGGAGCUUACUGCCUGGCUUGGUUCUGGACCGACGGUGGGUCCCCAGAGCCAGACGGCCCAGGUCCUAUGGCUUCAUGGUAACCCAGGAAUAGGGAAAUCGACCAUGGCCAUAUACCUUACGGAAGAGCUGCCGACAGCUCUCUCUAAGGCAGGUGGGGGAACGCUAGCCUACUUUUUCUGUGACUCGGGUUUCGACACACGUAAGACCGCGACCUCCGUUAUCCGAGGGCUUCUCUACCAACUCAUUGAGCGGCACGAGGAGCUCCUUAAUUAUCUCUUGCCAAAAUACCAUGCACGCGGGGCAAAUUUGUUCACCUCAUUCGAUGCCCUCUGGGAGAUAUUUAUGGCCAUGGCGGCGGAUCCGACCACUGGCCGAAAAUACUGCAUCAUUGACGCGCUUGAUGAAUGCGAUCGGGAAUCGCAAAAAGCCUUACUGCAGCAGCUGGAAGAUACCUUUGGAAGCCGAGAGAUAUCACCCAAUAUCCGGAUAUUGGUCACUAGUAGGCCAUAUCCGGAGAUACGUGAGAGCUUGGAAAUCUUUCCAAAUAAAGACUUGGCUUCUUUUCCUCAAAGAGUAAAGGACAUGGAUCUUUUUAUCGAAGAAAAGAUCAAUUCCCUGGCCAGAAGAAAGAGAUACACCAGCAAGGUUGAGGGCCAGGUCCGCAGAAUCCUUCGAGACAAGUCCGAAGGUACAUUCCUGUGGGUUGGCUUGGCAUGUGACGAGCUAGAGGAUGUUCCGUCAAAAGAUGCCGUCCGCGUUUUACAAGAUAUCCCGCGAGGACUGAAUUCACUCUACGAAAAGCUCCUGGAGGAGAGUUUGAAAUGGAGUGAGACGAGCCGCGACAUUAUCUGGCGCCUCCUGAGCUGGGUGGCUUUGAGUUUGCGACCACUCACUGUGUCGCAGCUCUCCGAAGCAUGCGAGCUGCAUCAGGAGGAAGAAGACAUCAAGACAAAGCUCCAGUUCACAUAUGAGGAUAUAGAAGCUUGCCGCUUGAUAAUCAUCAUUCAGGACGAAAAGGUGCUCCUACUGCAUAAAUCAAUAAAAGAUUACUUGGUUGGGACCAAGCCGAGUAAUUUUAUCCCGGAGUUCGAGGCACAUGCCCGCCUUGCCUAUCGCUGCGUGAAUAUUCUCAUUGAGCAAUUCCACAGGAGAAAUAAACGAAACUCCAGCUUCUUGAAUUAUGCGUCUCGAGAAUGGCCCAAUCAUGCCCGUAUGGCCAAGUCAAGUUUCAAGGUCCAGAUACCACAAGAGGAAUUUCUCCAAAUCAUUUCCCCUUCUCGGGAAUGGUGGCUACAGCAGCUGAGGUCAGAACCGUUUUUUUACUACAUCCCUGGGAGGUUUUCCAUAUUUCACAUAGCUGGAAAAUGGGGUAUUUGUGCCUUAGUGGAUCACGCUUCCAAAUUGGAAGUUCAGAAAUCCGACAAAGAGGGAACUUGUCAUGUUUUACCUGUUGAUUGCGUGGACGAUUCUGGAAAGAUCCCUUUGAGCUAUGGUGCUGAAUCAGGGUAUCUAUGUGUUGUUGAUGCCUUCUUGAGCCUGAGCGGAAAGGUGACUCCGCCGGUAGUCAAGGCUGCAGCUAGAAACUGGAUGAAUGGCAAAGCAGUGAUGGAACUCCUUCUCGAUCGCUAUGGAGACCAGAUCACUAUCACUGAUGAGGUAGUUAAGGCUGCAGCUGGAAACCAGAGGCAUGGUAAAGCAGUGAUGGAACUCCUUCUCGAUCGCUAUGGAGACCAGAUCACUAUCACUGAUGAGGUAGUUAAGGCUGCAGCUGGAAACCAGAGGCAUGGUAAAGCAGUGAUGGAACUCCUUCUUGACCGCUGUGGAGACCAGAUCACUAUCACCAAUGAGAUAGUUGAGGUUGCAGCUAGAAACGGGAGCAAUGGUAAAGAAGUGAUACAGCUCCUUCUUGACCACUGUGGAGACCAGAUCACUAUCACCCAUAAGAUAGUUGAGGCGGUAGCUAGAAACUGGAGGGAUGGCAAAGCAGUGCUGGAACUCCUUCUUGACCACUGUGGAGACCAGAUCACUAUCACCCAUACGAUAGUUGAGGCGGUAGCUAGAAACUGGAGGGAUGGCAAAGCAGUGCUGGAACUCCUUCUUGACCGCUAUGGAGACCAGAUCACUAUCACCCAUAAGAUAGUUAAAGCUGUAGCUAGAAACCAGAGGCAUGGCAAAGCAGUGAUGGGACUCCUUCUCGAUCGCUAUGGAGACCAGAUCACUAUCACUGAUAAGACAGUUGAGGCUGCAGCUGGAAACCAGAGGCAUGGUAAAGCAAUGAUAGAACUCCUUCUCGACUACCUUGGAGACCAGCUCACUAUCACUGAUGAGGUAGUUGAGACAGCAGCUUCCAAGGUUGGAAUGAGGAGAAUGACAAAGCAGUGA